CGGGACGAGGUCGGGCGGAAGCGCAGCUCGGAAAGCUCAAUUAAAUGUUGGCGCCGCAACGCGACGGGAAUCGGCCAUGGACUGGAAAGAAAUGCUUCGCCAGCGGUUGGCGACGCCCAGCAGCGACCCAAAGAAAAAUAAAACUGAGCAAGAAUUAAAAGAUGAAGAGAUGGAUUUAUUUACCAGAUACUAUGCUGAAUGGAAAGGAGGUGGAAAAAAUGCAAAUGAAUUCUAUAAGACCAUUCCCCGGUUUUAUUAUCGGCUGCCAGCUGAAGAUGAAGUCUUACUACAGAAAUUAAGAGAGGAAUCCCGAGCUGUCUUUUUGCAAAGGAAAAGCAGAGAACUGUUAGAUAAUGAAGAAUUACAGAACUUAUGGUUUUUGUUGGACAAGCACCAAACACCACCAAUGAUUGGAGAAGAAGCAAUGAUUAAUUAUGAAAGUUUUUUGAAAGUUGGUGAAAAAGCUGGAUCAAAAUGCAAGCAAUUUUUUACAGCAAAAGUUUUUGCUAAACUCCUUAAUACAGAUUCCUAUGGAAGAAUUUCUAUUAUGCAGUUCUUUAAUUAUGUCAUGAGAAAGGUGUGGCUUCAUCAAACAAGAAUAGGACUCAGUUUAUAUGAUGUUGCUGGACAAGGAUACCUUCGAGAAUCUGAUUUAGAAAACUACAUAUUGGAACUUAUCCCUACUUUGCCACAAUUAGAUGGACUGGAAAAAUCUUUUUAUUCCUUUUAUGUUUGUACAGCUGUUAGGAAGUUCUUCUUUUUUUUAGACCCUCUAAGAACAGGGAAGAUCAAAAUUCAAGAUAUUUUAGCAUGCAGCUUUCUAGAUGAUCUGUUAGAGUUAAGAGAUGAGGAACUAUCCAAAGAGAGUCAAGAAACAAAUUGGUUUUCUGCUCCUUCUGCCCUAAGGGUUUAUGGCCAGUAUUUGAACCUAGAUAAGGAUCACAAUGGCAUGCUCAGUAAAGAAGAGCUCUCCCGCUAUGGAACAGCAACCAUGACCAACGUCUUCUUAGACCGGGUCUUCCAGGAAUGUCUCACUUAUGAUGGAGAAAUGGAUUAUAAGACCUACCUGGAUUUUGUUCUUGCAUUAGAAAACCGAAAAGAACCUGCUGCUCUUCAAUAUAUUUUCAAAUUGCUUGAUAUAGAGAACAAAGGUUAUCUGAAUGUCUUUUCCCUUAAUUAUUUCUUUAGGGCCAUACAGGAACUAAUGAAAAUCCAUGGACAAGAUCCUGUUUCAUUUCAAGAUGUCAAGGAUGAAAUCUUUGACAUGGUAAAACCAAAGGAUCCUUUAAAAAUUUCUCUUCAGGAUUUAAUUAACAGUAAUCAAGGAGACACAGUCACCACCAUUCUAAUUGAUCUGAAUGGAUUCUGGACUUAUGAGAACAGAGAAGCCCUUGUUGCAAAUGACAAUGAGAGCUCAGCAGACCUUGAUGAUACAUGAUCUCUCAAAGACUGCACUAUAUUCACUAAGAUAAACUUGAAUGCAGCAUACAGAACCUUUGGUGCGCAAUACUUAGAAAAGACUUAAAUAAAGCACUUCUUUCUAGGUCUGUGCCUGUAGAACACAGCAAAUGUUCUGGUGAUUAAAAUUUUGGUUGCAGUUAUUUCGAAAUUACCAGGAUUAAGUGAUGGUCUAAUUUACUAAGAUAUGGUUCUAUGAAGUUCAAAUACAGCAGGUAUGAUGGUGAAAGUAGGAGUCUACUUUAAAUCCUCAGAAAUAAAAUACAUUUUCAUGGAA